AAGGCGUGACCUCAUCAUUAAGAGAAGUAAGAAGUUCCUGGUUUGAAGUGAAGAAGAAGAGAAGCAGCAUUAAACCAUCAGAGCUCUGAGAUGAAGCACACUUUGCUCUGCUUCAUCUUCCUCACACUCCAGGAUGGAAACACUGGUUUGGUCAAAGCACAAACUCUCACCCACAGAGCAGAGGAAGGAGGAAGCAUCACAGUUAAAUGCAACUUUUAUUUCCCUGGAAGCAGGAAACUCUUCUGUAAGGAAAAAUGUGAAGAUGGAAACAUUCUUGUUCAAACAUCUGAUGAUGCAGCUCAGAACGGCAGAUACAGCAUUAAAUAUGAAAACUCAAAUAAUAUUAUGUAUGUGAGCAUCACACAGCUGAAACAGUCUGACUCAGGAUGGUACAGGUGCUCUUUGGACAGAGUCUUGGUGACAGAUGGAAACUCUGAUUUUGAGCUGAUUGUCACAGAAGCUUCAACCACUUCAACACCAAACGGGACUCUGAGACCUUUUUCAGCUUCAGUGUUUCUCUCAUCAGCCUCCACACCACCAACAGCACAGAGUUUAAGCUCAACUUCAGGAAGCUCCACACCUUCAUCAGCCUCCUCUGGAAGUUCAGAUGUGCUGAUUUAUGUGCGUCUUAUUGUGGUCAUUAUCAUCAGCGCCUUUUUAGCAACUUCGUUGAUUUUCUACAUGAUGAAGAGGACAGCUAAACCCAGAGGACCUCCUGUGGAGUCUGAGCGUGCUGACAUCACACAGGGCAACAACGUAUAUAUAGAGAUCAGAGAGGUGGACAGACAGAGCAGUUCACCUCCUGCAGAAGUGUCCUCAACAGAUGCUGCACCAAAAACCUCCAACCAGAUGGAGAUGAAAACAAUAGACCUCUACAGCCUCUCCACCUCUCCUCACAACAAAGUACAUGCCAGCUCUGCCGACCACACCGCAGAUGCUUCACCUCCUCAUAUGUCCAAAAACAUCAGUAGUGAUGCUGCUGAUGAAAGCUUGGUGGCUAACAGAUGAACAGAAUCCAUACAACAGUAUAUUUUUCUGUUUAUGACCAUCUGUCUGUCAAACAAUUACACUGAAAGUAGUUUUUAUUACAGCUACUUUUAGUUUAGUUUAACAGAUGGUAUGACUGGCAGGCUGCUCCUGGAGCACGAUCCUUAAAUGUAGUCAGUAAAAAAGCUCCAGGUGGCUAACUUCAUCUAUUUUAUGUUAGUGUGUAUUUUACCAAACCAAUGGAACUCAGAUUAACUGCUGUGUCACCUGUUACUGUUGUCAUCAGUCAAACUGAAACAAACAAUAAAAAGACAGAAAAAAAAUUCUAAUGUAAAAAAUGUUUUUUUUAAUACCUCCACUUGUUGAUAUUUAACUUUUCAGCAUAACAGCGCUGAAGUUUCAGUUGAGACUGGAUGAAGGUCUGAAGUGUCUCCUUUUAUUUGUUCUCUAAAUAGUGUCAGAAACGUUGAUGUAGCAUAAAUAUGGAGAGAAGGUUUGCAAAUGUGUACGAUAUGAUCCACAACCGUAAAGUAAGAUUUACAAAUGUACACAAUGAUUGGUGUGUAACUUUGAGGACUCACAAAUAUGAUUUGUUUAGUGCAUGUUUUGUACAAUCAGUGUACAAAACAUGUACAGCGUUCCCUCGUUUAUUAUAGAUGUAAAAAUUUUCUGUAUAGAUGUAAGGCUGUAAAACCCCUCACUACACACUUUAUACACUUUUCUCAGACAGGCAUGAACAUUUUCACAUUUUCUCUUGUUUAAGCUCAAACCUUCGUAGAAAAAUAAGGGGUGUGAGUGUGGGGACUGGUAACAAAUGGGUCAGGAAUGGAAUGAAAAGGAAACCAGACAGAGGUGUUCAGUAUGUAAAAUAGUUUUAUUACAAAUAAUCUUAACUUAAAGAGCCGGCAAAGCCGUUUUUUACCAGUAAUGCCAAAAAAACAAAGGAAGUAGUCGCAGCAACAAAGGAAAAAAAAACUACCAAACAAAUAAAGGAGACACUUCCCGCUUCUCACACUUCUUACUUAACUCCUCGCCACGGGGAGACACCUGUGGGGCCCACAAGCCUGUAACUGCUCACCACGGGCAUGACAAACACGCAAAGGAGCCUUUCCAACACCUAGAAGAAAUUGUGUAGAGCAACAGGGGGAAAAACCAAUUCACACACAGGUCAUCCCCAGCUUAUAUAACCUCAGAGGUGAUUACUGACUGGGCCCAGAUGGUAAACGAGGCCAGUGAACAGCAGCUGUGUCCUGGGGAGAGAGAAGGGUGAGAGAGACAGAGGGGUAGGAGUGGCAAGAGAGAAGGAGGCGGAGAGAGCAGGCAAACACCCCACCCACAGUGUAACAUGUAACACCGGU